AUGUCGGAUCUGGACAACGAGCUCCUUGCUCUAGCCGGAGGUGAUAUAUCACAGACCGACCUAAACCCCACAAACUCUCAACCUGCCCAGCAUGGUCCUGGAAAGCGAACUAAGAAGAACAGCAAUAUGCCUGCAAAGCCCAAACGAAGGAAAACCAUGGAGAUGGAUACCGAAUCAGACAUGGAGAUGUCGUCAGGUUCGGAAACUGGUUUUGCCAAAGAAGAGGAUGAAGAUGGUCCAAGUCGAGUGACUUCAAGUAAUCUAUAUCCAUAUGAAGGAAUUUACAAGGACUCUGCGGAUAAGCAGAGAAUUCAGAACAUGUCCGAGUUGGAUCGUGAAGCAAUCUUAGGAGAUCGACAAGAUGAGAUUCAAAAGAUUAAGGAUCGCGAAAACGUUAAGAAUAUGGUCCGAGCCAAGGAUGAAGCAUCCGGGAAACGAUACAGCGCAAGAGAUAAAAGCCGGAUCGGGGUAACUUCUGAAAAAACUCAGAAGUUGGAUGAACUGAAACAGAGGCGACAAGCCAAAGAAAAACGUCCCAAGCUCAAUGAGUCUGACUCGGCAGAGCCCAGACGCAAGCGAAACGGUUACGAGUAUGAAUCCGAAGAUGGGGAAAUUGAUAUCAUCGAAGAACAAGCAAUUGAUCGAGGCCUGCGCGCCGCUAAAAAAUUUGAAGACAACGCAACCAUAAAUGAGAUCCGGUCGGUCAUGCUCACUCGCUCAAGAGCAGCUGAACUGUGUUCGACCAAAUUUUUCGAAGAGUAUGUCAAAGGGAUGUGGGUCCGAGUAUCUGUUGGCUUCUCAAAAGAUGAUCCGAAGCGUGAGGUUAAGUAUCGAGUAGGCGAAAUCACUAAUGUCAUCCAACACAGAAAGUAUUACGAAGUCGAAGGGCAGGCGACUAAAGUGGCGCUCGUUGUAGUGCUCGCGAAAGACGAGAAGACUGUGCUCUUAGAUGUCGUUUCCAAUUCAAGUAUCCAAGAAAACGAAUGGAUGUUUGUUGUUGGUGAGUGUCAAAAACACGCAGUCCGACUACCAUCAAAGAAGGAAAUUUCUCGAAAAAUCAAAACAAUUGAAAAAUACCAGGACUGGGUGAAAGACGAGAGCGAUAUUACGGCUCAAGUGAAAGCAAAGAAAGAAAUGCGCGCUCAAGGACUUGGUCCAACAACGUUGACGGUAUCGGAAAGGUUGCGAUUGGAGAGUGAACGGGACCAAGCGGCUGCUCUGGGCAACUUGGAACUGGUUGAACAAUUGACCAGACAACUGGAACAAGCCUCCGGGGCCUUUUUUAAGACUGACUCGUUGAUGUCCGAGCUCAACGAGCGGAAUCGAAAGGCAAAUCGUGAGGAGAUUCGUCGGGCUGAAUUAGCAGCUAACGAGUUGCGCAGGCAGCAGAUGAAAGCCUUGGAAUCAGGUGCAGCGGUCAAGUUGGAUCCGAGCGCCAGAGUCAAGAUUAAUCCGAAACUAACUUAUGAAGCCAGGUCAUCAACUCCUUCACAGCGUGCGAACGCUUCGGGUACCGGAACUCCCAGCAGUUCUACCGGAACAUCAGCCAUCAAUAACAAUGCGACCAAGGAGAAAACACAGAUGACGAAGUUUGAAGAGAUGGUGGCUAGCCAAGUGCAUCUGGACAUUGACAUUGGAGACUUUUGA